AUGAUAAUUAUAAGACUCUCUCGUCACUUCUCAAAAAUCAAGAAGGACUUAUUAACCAACCCAGAAUUUGAUAAAAUCCAUCCUUAAUUUCUUGAUCAUAAACCACCUACUACUUUACAUAGAUAGUCUAAAGAAGUGCCUUAUAUUAAGUCCCUUUUGAGAUAUAAAGAUAUUGCAAUACCAACAUUUGAAAAUGCUUUGCAUCAAAAUGUAAUAUUAUUAUGUUAUUAAGCAAGUUUAAAACAUUUGUUGAAGGUCAUGUCAGUCCAAAAGGAGCAUUAAAGAAUUUAUCAGAAGAAUAAAUGAAAUAAAUCCAAACUCAAGUUACUAAGAAAUUACAAGAAUUAGAAGAUACUGGAUUAUCAAGAGAAGAGAUUCUAACAAAUGGUGUAGAUGUAUAAACAUAAUUAAAAGAAAUUAGAAAGGCAUUCCAUUAAGUUAUGAUGCAUUUUUCUAGUUGUUAAAAAAUAAUGAGUAAGCACGUUUGGUUUAUUUGGCUCCUGGAGAAGAAUUCACUGUUUAAAAAAUAGUUGAUAUUGCUUUGAGAUAAGAUAUUGGUAAGGAUUAAUUUAAUGUUCCAAUUAAUAAAUAUCCAAAUAAUAUGAAAUUAAAAAACCAUGAUAAAUAGAAAGACAUAUUAAUAAAUACCAAAGAUCAUUUAGAACAUGUAAAUGAAUUGGUUAGUGAUGAAGUUGUAUAUCAUCAUCAUCCUUAACCUAAAAGACCUAUUAGAAGAGUCAAUAAUUAUGAUAUUCAUUGGAGAAAUACAGAAUUCUUAAUUUAAUUUUUAAAUAAAAGUGCAAAAAUUAAAAAUAGAUAAUAAACUAACCUUGCAGAAGUUUAACAUAAAAAAGUAGCAAGAUCCAUUAAAACAGCUAAACAUAUGUGUAUUUUUUAUAUUUCUAAUAUUUUAGUACUCUUACCAUCCAAUUCAUCAAUACAACCUUACCAUAAGAAAUCACUUACUAGCUUUGAAAAUGAUAUCUAAGAAUUUGCAAGAAGAAAAGUAAAUUUGUCUACAGGAUAAAUUUAUACAGAAACACCAUUAUAAAAAAGAGAAAGAUCAUUAGAAAGCCAAACUAUGAUAGAAGAUGAUUAAGAAAUAAAUCCAGGAACACCUAGACCAAAUAAUUUAAAUAUUAUCAAAGGUAUUGUAUAUGCAGAGAAAUUGAAAAAGAAAGAAUUAGAAUAAUAAGGAAUAAAAUUGACUAAAGAAGAAGAAGAUUUAAGAAAUUAUAGAUUCAAUGGUAAUGAUGUGAAAUUCUAAACUAUGAGGGAUGAAUAAUUGUUAAAAUAAGAAAUCAAAUAGGAAAUUUUAGCAAAAGAUGGUGAAUUUGUAGAAGAAUUUAAUUAAAUCAAAGUAAAUCAUUUUUCUAAUUUAAAUUAUAGUCAAAUGUUGAGAAAAUUCCUACCUAUUAUUUGAGUUAAGCAUUUAUAAGUGAAUAAACCUUAUAAAUGGAAAAACUAUAGGAACUUGUAUAUUAAAAGCCAAAAUAGGCAUAUACUUAUGAUGAAAGUUUAAGAAUUAUUGAAGAAGUCAAAUCUAGAUUAAAUAAGUGAUA